GCCAACAGUAGUUGCCUCAGAGCCCGCGGGUUGAAGAAAACGUACGCAUCGAGCGAGCCGAGUAGCGUCGCGUGUAAUCAAACAAAGAAAAGCAAGAGCAAAAAAGAAGCAAAAAGAAUACAACCAAAAAAAAAAAAAAGAAAAAGCAAAGAAAAUACAAAUUACAAAAUAGAAAAUAGAAUAUACGAAACACGAAAUACAAAUGAAAUCAAAACAAAAGCCAUCGCAAUAAUUGACUCAAGCCAAACGUUAGUAAAAAUUGUGUUCAAAAGCGGCAACAAAAAUAUGUUUUCCCAAUUGCCACGCAAAUGAGCAAACAAAUAUUUGAUUGUUCAACGUUGCCGCUGCUGCUACUGCUGCGACCACGACUGCGACUGCGAUUACUCCUGCUGCUGCUGCGAAGCAGCGAGUCUGAGUUCCAGUCCGAGUUCGAGUUUGAGUUUGAGUUCGAGUCUGUUACUGUGUCAGAGACCUUCUUCUCAUCCUCGAGAGUUUUUCAUGCAAGGCGUGUGCUGCUGCAACAUCAACAGCGACAUCAUCAAGAACAACAACAACAACAACAACAGCCGCAACAACAAAAACAACAGCAACAAAUUCAACGCCAGCAACAACUACAACAGCAGCAAUUGUGUGUGUGUUCCUAUAAAAAUCCACAGCCCCAUUCGUAUCUAGAAACAUGUGCGCGCUCGUGUGUGAGUGUUUGUUUAAUUGAAAAGUCAUCAGCGUCGCCAUCGUCAGAAUUGAGAACAAAUUGUUGGAAAAUGCAACUUAAUGCGGCCAACGAAAUCUCAGUAAACUAAAACGUCAAGUGCUGUCCAAUUCUCGUUUUCGUAAUCGCCACAAAACACAAUCGUCGUCGCUGUCGCCAAAUCGUCUGCAUCUCUCGCUAUCUCGCUGUCUCUCCGUCUACGCCGUGUGUUUUCCUUUUCGUGUUGACCGCUUGUCAGCAGGUCUCGAAUUUCAUUUCGUUUCCGGCCCCCGUAGGUAGGUCGCCAAGUCACCCAGUCGCCUGGGUCGCCUGCUCAGUCAGUCGGUCGGUCGGUCGGUCGAUUUCUCUGUCUGUCGGUCUUGUUGUUGUUACCUUUAUUUUAGUCUUUGCGACGCGUUGUUGGUGCUGUGUCUAUUGUUGUAGUUACGCCGUUUGUCUGCCAGACAUUUGUGCGCAAAAUUGAUGUCAGCAAAUCCAUGCCAACGUUCAAGACUGCAAAAAGGAAUUGUUUAAACCCUUCGACAACAUAGUGCUGCCAGCAACAACAGAUUAAAUAAUAAUAGCCACACAAACACAUUCAACACACAUCCUCGUACGUGGAACGUAGAAUUUUGCCUCAAGCAACUUGGAAUUUAGAACAUGAUCAUGGAAAUGUCAUUAAUCAGGCACUAGAUUAGCAAACCAGCAACCACCAGUGAGAGCCAGAGCAAUAGCCGCGGCGAGAGCAAUAAAAAGCCAGAGCAACAACAGCAACAGCAACGGCAACAUCGAACGGCAUGUGGCAACAACAGCACUGAAAGCGAUACCGAGAGAGAGAAGUAGCCAGUGAGCCAUUUGUGGUAGCGGUUGCAACGCCAACUUGUUAAGACCUAACCCGUGAGCAGGUUGCGUGCUGCUGUAAAGCGGCACCAUUGCUGCCAUUAAAAUAGACGCCGCAGCGCAACAGCAACGCUGCCGUCGUCAUAAUCAACGCCAGCGCCAACAUCAUCCACAUCAUCGCCAUCGCAGACGACGACGGCGCAUUCAAACAUUUCGCUUUGGCGUGUUGGGCGGGGACGUAGGCGUAGGCGUGGACGUGGGCGUGAGCGAAGGCAUUGCCAGCAAUUGCUUGACGAGAGACGACUGCAACAACAACAUCCCCAGCAACAGCAGCAUCAACAACAACAACAGCAGCCACACCAACAUCAACUACAACGACGACAGCAUUGCGAUAGCAGCAAUUUCUGCAACAGCAACAACGCAACAUCCCAAAUUCGAGCAUCAACGACGACGGCGGCAUUACGACGGCCUGUCACUUGUAGGCAAUGCAACGCUCUGCGCAGCAACGGGUUGGACCUGGCCUAAGAUGGGUAGCGUGCUAUUCGCAGCUGUAUUCAUAGCAUUACACUUUGCCACCGGCGGCCUGGCCAACCCAGAUGCGAAGCGUCUGUACGACGAUCUGCUGAGCAACUACAAUCGACUCAUACGACCCGUGGGCAAUAACUCGGAUCGUCUGACGGUCAAGAUGGGACUGCGGCUGUCACAGUUAAUCGAUGUGAAUUUAAAAAAUCAAAUUAUGACAACCAAUGUGUGGGUGGAGCAGGAAUGGAACGACUACAAAUUGAAAUGGAAUCCUGACGAUUAUGGUGGUGUUGAUACACUGCAUGUGCCCUCUGAGCACAUAUGGCUGCCGGAUAUUGUGCUGUAUAACAACGCCGAUGGCAACUAUGAAGUGACAAUAAUGACUAAAGCAAUUCUACACCACACGGGCAAAGUCGUUUGGAAGCCACCCGCCAUUUAUAAAUCGUUUUGCGAAAUUGAUGUCGAAUAUUUUCCAUUCGAUGAGCAGACAUGUUUCAUGAAGUUCGGCUCAUGGACAUACGAUGGUUACAUGGUUGACUUGCGGCAUCUGAAGCAAACUGCAGACUCGGACAACAUCGAGGUGGGCAUCGAUCUGCAGGAUUAUUAUAUAUCCGUCGAGUGGGAUAUUAUGCGAGUGCCCGCAGUGCGAAACGAAAAGUUCUACAGCUGCUGUGAAGAACCGUAUCUGGACAUUGUGUUCAAUCUGACGCUUAGGCGAAAGACGCUCUUCUACACGGUCAAUCUGAUCAUACCCUGUGUGGGCAUAUCGUUCCUCUCCGUGCUUGUCUUCUAUCUGCCCAGUGAUUCCGGCGAGAAGAUCUCACUUUGUAUCAGUAUUUUGCUAUCGUUGACUGUGUUUUUUCUGCUGCUCGCCGAAAUUAUUCCGCCGACAUCGCUGACAGUGCCGCUGCUGGGGAAAUAUCUCCUCUUUACUAUGAUGCUCGUCACGCUGUCUGUUGUGGUAACCAUUGCGGUGCUCAAUGUUAACUUUAGAUCGCCAGUUACGCAUCGCAUGGCGCCUUGGGUGCAACGUGUCUUCAUACAAAUCCUGCCGAAGCUGCUCUGCAUAGAGCGGCCCAAAAAGGAGGAUCCCGAAGAGGAUCAGCCGCCCGAGGUGCUGACGGAUGUCUUUCAUUUGCCGCCGGACGUCGACAAAUUUGUCAACUACGACACAAAACGUUUCAGCGGUGACUAUGGCAUACCAGUUCUACCCGCCUCGCAUCGCUUCGACUUGGCGGCAGCGGGCGGUAUAGCCGCCCAUUGCUUUGGUGAUCCACCUCUGCCCUCCUCUCUGCCACUGCCAGGCGCUGACGAUGAUCUAUUUAGUCCAUCUGGUCUUAAUGGCGACAUCAGUCCCGGCUGUUGCCCAGCUGCCGCGGCCGCUGCAGCUGCUGCCGCCGCCGCCGAUCUCAGUCCCACAUUUGAGAGACCCUAUGCCAGGGAAAUGGAAAAGACCAUCGAGGGCUCUCGCUUCAUAGCGCAGCAUGUGAAAAACAAAGAUAAAUUCGAAAGUGUGGAGGAAGAUUGGAAAUACGUAGCCAUGGUAUUGGAUCGUAUGUUUCUUUGGAUUUUCGCAAUCGCUUGCGUGGUCGGCACAGCGCUAAUUAUAUUGCAAGCGCCUAGUUUGUACGAUCAAUCGCAGCCGAUUGAUAUAUUAUAUUCGAAAAUUGCCAAAAAGAAAUUCGAACUGCUCAAAAUGGGCAGUGAAAACUCCUUAUAGCGACCACUUGGGUUCGCAGCGGGCUGGUGGAAUUUAAUCAUCAGCUCGUUGCGAGCCCUGUUCGCCGCCCGGGACGAUGAUCGUGGAUAAUAUACAAUGAGCAACACCAUGAGCAUAUCAUCAGCAUUGUACAACACUAACAGCAGCAGCAACAGCAUCAGCAGCGAUAGUGUCAAUACUAGUAGUAUCAGUACUAAUUCCGAUAACAAUAACGAUAACGAAGUGAUGAGCAGCUCAUGGAGCCCAUUGUAAACAUUUGCGGAGCGAAGCGAACAUUGGAAACAUUAAACCUAAAAGCAAAACAAAAACUACGAGUAAUCAAGCAAGUGCAAGUUUUGGAGCAGUUGAUCAAAAUAUGUAUGUAAAGUAAUUCAAAACAAGUACUGUAGUGCUGCAUAACGUAAAAAUAAUCGUUAAUAGCUGUGUCGUCAACAAAAUCAACUAAUAGGUGCGACAUGAGCAGAGACUGGCAAAACCAGUUGAAGUGGAAAGUUUAGUUAGUAAUUUUUGAUAGAUGUCUGGAUGAUUGUGUAGGUGUUGGGAUGGUUGUGCAGUGUUGCACAAUGUGGCAGCGCCAGUGUUGUAAAAAUAGUUUUUUUUGUAAGUUAUAUUGAAUUUUUGAGCGCCAAAAAGUUCCUUGUUGAUUUUAAGUUCUAAAGUUUCACAAAAUAGAACAACAACAAAACACAUAAGAAAAAAUGUUUUAAAACGGCAUUUUAAAAUUAUUAACAAAAACCAAAUUGUAUUGACUGCAUGUGUUCAGUGUGUUUCAAUGUGUAUGCGAGAGUGUGACUUUGUAUGUGUGUGCGUGAAUGAAGUUAAUGUAAACAAUUUUAAUUAUUUGUCUAUUUGUGCAUAUUUUUCUGAUUAUUUUAAGCAAACCACAAAAAAAAACCGAAAGAAAACAAUUUGCAAAAUGCAUUGCAUAUUAUUAAAAAUAAAAAAACAAACUGGUUUUAGCAUUAGUUAUGCCUAAAUCAUAAGUAACUAAAUUAUAUGACAUCUAUACUUAAUUACCACAUAAGUCUUAAUUAGUCUUAGCUAAGCUACAUACAUUUUAAGCAAAUUUAAAUAAUAUUAACAUUAACAUUAAUAUUACAAAACAAAUACCAAAAAGUUCGCCUCAAGGCAACUUGGUCAAAUGAAGCGCGAAAUUCUGAAAUAAAUUUAGUUAAAUGUUGGUAAACAAACAUCCAAUUUUUAAGCUCACACAUUUUUACUACAACAAAUACACACUCAUAUUACCAUUUGUAUAUCUAACAAGAGUAUAUAUAGUAUGAAAACAUUAAUACAUACAUAUAUAUUACAAAAUAUUUAGAUAUUUAAAAAUCACAAAAGUCUAAACAAUUUAAUUAAGAACACUCACUAAAUAACAGCAAACAAAAACCUUAUGAAAAAUUCAAUCAAGCAACCUAAAUAAAUGGCUCAUUGUUAUAUUGUGCGCUAUUCGUUUAUGUAAUUUUUAACAAGUUUAUUGAAGUAUAAAACAUGAAUUCAAUUAGCACUUAUCUCUGAUCAUCUGAACAAGUUUAUCAACAAAAACUCUAUCAGUUAAAAGCCAUUAAUCAAUGCUCAAACUAAGUGGUUAUCUAUAUUGUUGAUUACAGAGAAAGUAUUUCCUUUUCUGUGAAACUCGUUUUUAACAUGCCAAAAAACUAUUAAUCAAUAUUAUUUGACUUCUUACAGGGUAUAUCAACUUCGAAAAGUUUCCCACAAAAAUGAGCACUUUGCAUAUUAGCUGUUAAAAUGUACUUACGGAAUUUCAGAUGCAAUGUGCAAAUAAUGUACUUUAACAAUAAAAAUUGUUUCUUAGGGGUUUUGAGCCAUUCUUAAAAUUUGAUUAUUUUUUGAAUUGUGUAUGCCAUUCCGUUCUGACUGUUAAUUAAGCAUUUCGCAGAUCCAACGGUUCACUUGCAGUUUGAAAACUUUUUAAUAGCCUGCAGCUGAAGAGAGAAAAGGGAAAUUGGCAUGCUGCUGGUCAUUUCAGAGGUCUGUGCUGUGGGCAAUACAGGGAAAACACCUCAAAGUUAAACGACUUGGGCUAUCUAAAUGCACCACAAGGGUUUUCUUAUAUAUUUUCGUUUAAUUGAUUUUUUAAAGUUUUGCCACUGUUACAGACAAGUACACUAAAAAAAGAAUUGAAAAAAUCGCGAAUACCACAGGGUGGCUGCAAGCGCCAUAGAGUAUGCAACAAAUUAAGUGAGGAAUGCAAUUCGCAUUGCGCAUGUGUUUGUAUGGGUAAGGGAGAAUGCAAAUAUGAAAGUAUGUGUGUGUGUGUGCGUGUGAGUGUAAGCAGUAAGCGAAUAAUAAACGAAAAAUAAACAUAAUUCGCACAACUUUCAUGCAAAUGCCAGAAAAGAGGAAAAACAUAAACGAAAUCUACCAAAACUAUUAGCAAGGAAUGCCGCGACAACUCUGCUCAGAGUUGUCAAGCUGUUGUGCUGUUUAUAAUUGCGAUGAUUGUUUUUGUUCUUUAUGCUGGUCCUCGGCUCUCGGAGUGCGUUGGUUUUAGCAUUUUGUAUUUGUGUGUGUGUGAGUGUGUGUGUGUGUAAAGUGGCAAAAGUUUAAUUAAAAUUCCAAAUCGAAAAUAUUCAGCAUUUGUGAAUCUGAAUUAAUUAAAAUAGUUUGCCUAGACAGCAAAUGCAUCAGAACAAAGGCACGACAGUGUUUAAAUUAUACAGACACAUGGAUUAUUUAUUCUGUGAGUGGUACGUAGAUGAGUUAAAAUUGUUUUGCAACUCAUUUGUCCUGUGUCUAACAAGACACUUGAAAGUUGCUUCAACUAUGUGUGUGUCAAUUGCCUCUCAUUCAACAUUUUAAUAAUUUCAUAUAUUCAGUACCAAUUUAAUUGUGUUCUAUUGUUCUGAUUUGUAUAAAUUUAAAUAGAAAUACACAGAUUCCGUUUCGAGCUAUCAUAUGCAGUUUCCAUUGUCCAGAGGCUAUUUGUUUGGAAGUGCUAAAAGGAAUCAGUGUUAAUUGCAUAAACGAAUAGCGUAGCACACAAACAGAAUAACAAACAUAAACACCCACGAAACCCACAAAAAUAAUAACAGCAAUAACGUGACAGCAACAGACACACAUUUACACAUAAAUAUAAAACAAUAUUUAAAACGAAAAAAAUAAAUAAAUAGCAGCGCCAAUCUGGUGUAUUAAAAUGUAAAGUGCAUAAAAAUCAACAGUUAACAUUUUUUAAAUAUUUAGCUAUUAAAUUAACGUAAACUAAAUGUAAAAGAAAUAUCAUAAAAAAAUUAUAAAUAAAACAAAAAAAUUGCUAAGCAUUUAAACACACGAAUACGAAUACAAAAAACUAAUACCAAUAUAAAAACGAAAACAAAUACAAUUACAUACAUACAUAUACACACACUCAACCACAGCAACAGCAACCCAUAAUAAAAUAUGAUAAUUGUAUAUUGAAUAAUUACAUCAAAUAUUAAAAGUAUUUAACUGAGCUUAUAAAAUUAAAACCAAAAAAACAAACCAAUUAAUAAAUAAAUUAAAAUGCCAACAGAAAUGAGGAAAAACUAUUUGACAACUGUCUCGACUUCCGUUAUGAAAAGCAUAUAAAUAAAAAGUCUGAAAAAUAUAUAUACACACACAUUACGAGUAUAUACUUAAAUGCAUACAUAUAUAAUAUAAUAUUAAAUGCCAAACAUUCACACGCGGCGUAUACACAAAGUGUAUAUACUUAAAACACAAGCCGAUUAACUGGUCCGAAUGAGAAACAAAAUACAACAUCGCAAGUGAUGUACUUGAAAUAUGCACAGAUAAACUCUAUUGGCUAACAACAGAUAAAUAGCAUCACAAUCAAUCAGCAACACACAGGACUAUUCUGAAUUUCAUUUUCGAAGGAGUGUUUUGAAAAUCAAUUAAAGUAAAGUAUAGCUAAUGCUUUCCAUUCAUCAUAGAUCAAGAAAAAUGCAACUGUUUCGAAAGUGAAAUUCAAAAUGACAAUGUCAAUAAGUGCGUAUUUCUUAAAUAAUAUUCCUGCGACAAUUGAAACGAGACAACCGUAACUUGUUUGUAAAUAGAACGAAACUCUUGGAAAAAAAAUAUAUUCUUAUUUGAUUACCUUUGAAUUGUAUAUGACAAUUAAUUGUAUAAAGUUAAUACACACCACAUUUACAAAAGCGUUCUUAACCCGAAUGUGUAGUGUAUAAGGCUUGCUUGCUUUGUUCCAUGUGUGCAUUUCUAAGAUAAUUUUCGACACUAUUUGGUUGCUGUGUGUUUGGCAUGGCCAUCUGCCUCAGAGGUAAAUCGCGAUUGGUCCUCAUGCCAAGCACAUUAUGAUUUACCUACACCUAGAACAAUUUAAUGUUUAAAUAGCAAAUGAAAAGAAAACAACAUUUUAGCUAAACAACUUUUUGUUAUAGUUUUAGACAAUCAACUUAAAACAUUAUUUAUAAAUCAAAAUGAAAACAAAAAUUAAAACCAAAAAAAAAAACAAUGACAAGUAAAUGGCGUAACUUUUCUGUGAAUAAAUUUAACUUAAUAACGUAAAUGCAUAUUUAAAUUACAAUCGCAUCUGAAUUGUGUAUAGAAAAAAGAACAACUAUUAAGUGGGCUUUAAAUUUAAAGCCACAACUAAUCGUAAAUUAAUAACAAAUUACACAAAAAGGAAAAAAACAAGAGAAAAUAAUCGAUAGGAAGUAAAAGCAAAAUUAAAUUUCAACUACCAUUUUGUAAAUUGUUUCACUUGGGAAAAUCGACACGCUAAAAAACAAAACAUUAAUGAAAACCAAAAAAAAAAAAAAGAGAGAGGAGAAAAAAACAAAUUACAUAAAUAAAUAAUAUAACAAGAACGUACCAACUAUGCAAACUCGAAGGCAAUUCGAGGAAAAGUCAAAUACAUAGACGUGUAUAUGCUCUCAUUGGUUGUGUUUUUAGGUUAUAAUCAAACAGGCUUGUGCGUGUGUGUGCGUGUAUGUGUGUACAUGUAUGCGCAAGCACGAGCAAACAAUCGGUCAUUCAAUCAGUCAGUCAGUUAGUCAGUCGGUUAGUCGGUCAGUCGAUCAUUCAGUACAAUUCGAACUCAUAAUUGUACAGUUCAUUUGCACAUUCAAAAUAUAACUUAUGUAUGUAAUUAAUUACGAAAAUUAAAUUAAACAAAUAACAAAAUGAACACACAUCGUGUUUAAGUGUAAAUUAUGCCAAUAAUGUCAAACAUUUUCAAUUUGCCUUUUUUAAAACGCGUUUUACUUUUACGUUUUAGGUUAUAGCUAAAGGUUUAAAGGGCUUCAUGUGAAAAUAAAAACAAAAAAAACUAAAAACCAAAAAAAAGAGAAACACAAAAAUUCAACAGAAAAAACCCAAUUGAAAAAUAUUGCAGUAUAAGUUUUGUGCACUGCAAAUAAAAAACCCAAUUUGAUAAGAAAACAUGUAAUUUAAAUACUGCCACAAAUAAGACAAAAUAAAACAAGCAAACAAAAUGUAUAAUUAUACUCGUAUAUUGGCAUGCAUGCAUACUUAUUGUAUAAGUAUAUGUAUAUACUUAGUCGUAUGUAUGUAUGUAUAUGUAUACGUUUUUGAUGUGUGUGUGUGUUUCUCACAUGGGUAUAUUCACACUCGAAACGAAUAGUCAUAUAAGGUACUCGUACGAUAAUUCAGACAUUGCAAAACGGGGCUCGAAGUUAACAUUGUGGUUAAGAUACUUAAGUACUUAAUGCAAACCACUAGUCAGUACGUUACAAAUACUAACUCUACAUAAAAUACUAACCCACAUUUUGUAUAUAUGAAACAAUAACAGAACGUUAGCAAACACUCACAACACACACUCACACUCGCAUAACCACACUCACAGACGCACACACGUUACAAAGAGUUUAAACAAACAAACAGACACAAACAAAAGAGAAUAACUAAGUAGUUAAAUAAAUAAAAACCAGGCUCAGAUCCAAAACUAAUAAUAAAUAAUAAAUGUUAUGGUCAGUCCAAAAUUGCACCCAAACGCAUGCAAACAUAAUUUAAGACAGAAAAGCAGGAAAGCAACAAGAAUUUAUUUCAGGUACAAUUGUUUUGAGUACAGUAAUCACCAGCAGACAACGAAAUUGUGUACACAAAUUGCUAGACAACACAUGCAGCAACAAGAAGAACAACAAGAGCAACAAGAACAUUUAGUGGAUUGCACCAUAAUCCAAUUUAUCAAUAUGUAUAUCAUUGAUGAGUGCCAAAGCAGCAUCGUAGAUGAAUUGCCCUUUCCAAUACUCGCAGUUAACAAACACUAAAAUGCCUGUAAUAGAGAUUUCUUUAAAAUUUAUUUCAUUCAAAUCUAUUGAGUCUGUCUUGCUUGCCCCAUUCGGAAAGGGCAUUCAGCAACCACAAAGUGUUUCAUUUUAUGCAAUUUUUGGAGCCACACUUAGCACUUACAAUAAUCAUAAUUAGUUAAUGAAACGAAGAGAAAUAGUUAUUAACAAAAUAUACUUAUUAAUGAGGUAAAAAUUAUGAAAAACCAAUACUAAGUACAUAUUUGAUAUAUAUGCGGCUUGACCCUGAGAUUCAAAAACAUAAAAUCGGAUGUCUUCCAAUCAAAGGUCGUCUUUUGUAGCAAACACAACAAGAAUCAAAGUCUGCGUAUUGCUAAACCAAAAAUAAUUGGAAGAGCACUGGCAAAUGGAGCUGAUAAAUGAAAAACCAAAAGUAAUUCUACUACUACUACUACUACGAAUACUACUACUACUACUAACACACACACAUACAUACGUACAGAGACAUACACACACACUCGCAAACACUUAGAACACUCACCACAAAACACGCACUGUACGGCAACUCAAACAUCGCCAAUAUCCAUUGCAUACUUUUAGGGCAAUCGUUUCAAUACCCCUUCAUCAUCUUCGCCAAAUUGACAAACUUAUUAAGUACCUGACAAUAGAAUCCACAUGAUUACCAGUUCUAUCAUCUUCCCUAUACACAAGACACUUCUCUCUCAGAUCUAUUCAGAAUCCCGGUCUUGUACAUACUUAAACAUUAAAUAUAGCGUUGAGUUGCCAAACAUAAAGAAGAAGAAAAAAUCAAUCGAAAGUGCAAUGAAUAAAAGGUUUCAACGACAGCAAAAAACAAAUUUAAACACAUCAAAAUAUUUCACACACAACAACACAUUGUUGGCCCUGUCAAAAUUUUAAAUGUUUUAUUUUGCGCAAUUUGGCAGCGAUUUUAUUUCGGAAUACUAUUGUAAAAUAUUUCAAAAGUUAAUUCAGUUUCCCAAUCAAAAAUCCGCUUUGCUGUUGUACAAAUUUGUGUAAUUCCAUAUAUUACCCCUUCGAGGCAAGCAAUUUCUAUUUAAAUAUGGAUAUUAUUUCAAAUUACAAAAAGGGAUGCUCGUAAAUUCCAAUAAAGCGCAUUCAUAGUAGGAUAAAACCCUGGAAUCAAUAAACAUUUUUUUACUUCAUCAAAAAAUAUAUGAAAUGAUAAAUUAUGAAAGUGAAUUUUGGAAUUGACUAAAUUGCAUUGUAAAAAAUUAAGCGACUUCAGGUUUUUUAUUAACUGUAAGCGUAUUACGGCAAAAGCACAACACGCACACACUUACACACACAGAUACAGACCCAUACACUCACAUAGACUAAAUCGUGCUCAGACAAAAUAGACAGACACUACUACCAAUACUUAAAUUGUAUAAAGUGCAUACAGCAUCGUUUUGAUCGCAUCGUUUUAAUGUAGUAGUAUGAUAAUUUGUACAUAUGUAUAUGUGCAUGAAUGUAUGCAUACAUGAUUGUAUCUGUGUUUUAUUCAUACGUAUUUGUAUUGAAAUUGAAAAUGAAUCUGACGAAAGCAGAUAUCUUUAUAAAAUGUAGUUUGAAAACCGCAUUCAUUGUGCAUACAAAUGCACAUAUGCAUAUGUAUGUAUGUAUGUACAUAUAUUUUGUGUAUUAAUUGUUAGGUGCCGUUAGUUUUAAGUGCUUCUGUUGCAUUCACGUCUGUAUAUGUAUACAAUUUACAACAAUUAUUUAACUUUGUCUUAAUUCGAUUGAAUUUCAAUUGAAUACAACAAAAAAUACACAAAACAUGGUAUUUAAAUAUACAUAAAUACAUAUAACAAUUACAUAUAUGUAUGUAUUACAGAUUUUAGCAACAAGAUUUUUAUCUUAGAAAGCAAGCAAAAGAAUACACAAAGAAAUGCAACAAUUACAAAAUGCAACUACAAGUAAAAAUCUUGCAACUCACUGGGGAAAACAACACCACAAAUUAACGUUAAAUAUAAUAAAUGCCAUUGUGCAAGCUACACUAACAAAUAUUUGAUCAAUACUAUAAAUAAAAAAAUACAUAAAAAGCAAAAAAAAAAUAAAAAACAAAAUGGAAAUAUUAAAAAAUAGCAGUAAACGGACGCCAAAAUAAAAUGUUAAAACUAAACAAGAUUUUAGGUAGGCGUGUGUAGCGCUUGAUAAAACCAAAAGUUUUGCAAAAAUUAUACAAAAAAUCAAUUUUGACUAAAUUGAAAAUUUAGUUAAAAACCAAAUUAAAAAAAAGUAAAGCAAAAAAAUACAAAAAAAGCAUA